AAGUCUGUCUGCUAUGCUACAAGAGAUUCCAUGGCACCACCUUAAAAUCCGAUAAAUGGCUGAUCUUCAUUUCUCAAACAUCGUAAAAAUAAAUUUAUUUGAUUUUUGUGGAACCUCCCUCUGUGCAAAUUGGCCACUAUGCUGGCUUGCAAAAGAGCAAUAAUAUUUCACGAGUAUCCCGUUGUCAGUGAAGUGUUUUGAGAUAUUUAUUUUGAAUGCAAAAAGCAUUCAAUACACACUCGUAAGUUAUUUCUAACUGCUGAAACACAUUGUCCAAUACAGGGCGAAUGUAAUCGCAAGGUUAAGAUACUCUAAGAUUGUUGCUGCAUCUGUUGUCUUCUCUGCAGCACUUCAAGUGUACAAGGUUAGUUUCGGCAGGAAAAAAAGCAAGGCUCUGGUGUUAAAUACAAUUGAAUCAAGGCAUCUGCAAAUAUUUCCCUCUCACUAACCCCUCCUCAACAGUUCCUGACAUCUGCUUAAUAUCACAAGGCAUAGACAAUUAUUCUUUGAUUAGCAUACUUUGCCAUAUGAGGCAAAGAAGAACUGAUUGAUGAAACCUGAUUAAUCUGAUAAGCUCAGAAUCCUAUUCUUAGAUGCAGGUCUGAUAAUGAGCUUAAUUUACAGCCUCCGAAUCGCGAAAGGUGGAGAGAAAGGCAAAAGGAAAGACCAGCACCUCGAUAGGAAACAUAUUGAAGGAUCUGCUCCAAGAAUGUUUUCAUUGCAGUCUGAAGAGGUUUGAAAUCCGUCAAUCUACAAGGUUUUGCAAAGCAAGGAAACAACCACGAUGUGAACAAGUGCACCUGCAGCUGACAGCUGCGCCACAGGGUAUGUUAAUCCUUCUUUACGUAUAUUGAUUAGUAUUUUUCGCUGCCUAAAGUAAACAGCAAUGGGGUGUGCACCAUCACAAAGUGAAAUAAUACAGCACCUUGCAAAAAAUACUUUUAAACCUCUAAAGAAAGCCAAGGCCCGGUCAUCUGUGGACAGAACACCUGCUAAAAGCCAACCCACCUCGAUCAGUGGAGGUUCGGGAAUCUCGGACAGUGAAUCAAACCGAUCCGAGGAUGUGCAAGAGGAUAUCAGAGCUCCCAGGAAUAAAGUUUCACACCAAGAGGGAAGGGGCCGAUGCCAAAAGGUGCUUGCAUCGAAGGUGCCCGCAGUCCAGUCUGAAGUUUACAAAGAAACCAAUGGAGAUAAACAGGCAACUAGCACCAAGGUGGCAACAUCGGAGGUUGUCAGUUCACAUGUAUGUGCUUCCCAGAACAUGCAUGUUGAGAAAAACCACAAUGACUGCAAUCAGUCCAACGACAGCAACACAGCGCAGCAAACCAAGAGAAACAAGAAAAAAGGUCGUCAUACUGUCAAGCGAACCAAGAGCGGCAAGUUGAGGUCAAGAAGCCAAACUAGAGGUGAAGAUGAAAAAGUAAACUUUCCCACAUCGAUGGUUGAAGCCCAUCAUGCAGCGUAUGCUUAUCUCAAUCCUACCCUUUCCAAGUACGAUGCCAUCCUGAGUCUAACUGAUCAGGCCACACAAACUCAGCUGGUGUUUCAACAGAUGAUGAGUUUCCUGACCCUCCGCUUUGAGGAAAUCAACCAAAUGCUAGAAGAAAUAGCUGCUGAAGGAGAGAAGCUGGUCAGAGACAUUGGCCCUCAUCUCACAUGGUCUGCUGGGAAAGGAGAUCCGAAAGAGCAGCCCGACCUCUUGCAACAGUUGUUGCUUUACACCGUCAACAAGAUGCAGACGACCAACGAAAUAGUGACCUCCUUGACUACCACGGUCCUGCAGGAAACCAGCGACUACCUGCAAAGUGCUACUAACAUUUUUCAAAAGAGGCUGAUGGCGAAACAGCAUGUGGAUGAGAGGCUGCAGCAAUUGAUUUAUCAACUGGGGGCUUGCACGUUGCAAAAGGCCCACGCCGAACCCAGAGACACGACCCUUUAUUCUGUGGACAGUGGCAUUUGUGUAGAUACAGAUUCCACAAAGGAAUGUUGCACACUGAAGGAACACUGUAAAUGUAACAAGAGAACUAGCUGCGAUUGCAGCGCUCACCUUUCGUGCAAGGGCUCCAUUACACACUCUUCUUCCACGAACCCAGCACAAACGUCGUCCUGCUCCUCAAAUUCUCAACACUGUGCAGUGGGUCAUCAUUGCAGAGGAUCAUCUUGUUCAGCUCCCGACAAGACAGCUUCCUGCUCCCAUCUCUGUGGAUCAACAUCCAGUGCUUUACUGAGGCAGAACAGGUCCCUGGAGUCGUUCACCAGCGUUGAAUGCGACGCCUUGGCUCACGGGGAAUCGCUAGACUUUUGUUCGCUGGGCGAAGAUGAGGAAGAAAGCGAGUCGGACUCCAGCUCCCCCGGCAGCCCGCAGAGGCCUUGGUCGUCGCCUGCACAAACAACAGUGGCGCGGCCUGCCCUGAAAAGGAUAGAGAAGCCGGAGAAUGAGGAGAUGACCAUCAAGAUCAGAGACGCCAUCAGCCACAGAAUCCAGUUCGUACCCACCCCCUUGGCCUCGCAGGUGUGGUCGGACGAUGAGGGCAGAGCGUUGCCGGCGAGGCCCAGCAGUGCGGGGUGCCUGAGGAAAGACGGGCCAAGGAAGCGCCGCUCCAGGUCGGCCGAGUCGCUGCGCAGCAAGGCCGAGGAUGCAACCCUGCUGGAGCUGCAGAGGACGCAGCAGGUGCUGGGCCGGAGGCUGGACAAGAUGCAGCGGCCCGAGGUUGGGCCCGCUCGCCGCGAGGUAGCGGGGAAUCUAGCUGGCCCCCGCCUUACGGACAGUCCGGACCACACCCAGACCCGCGUUACGGGCAGUCCCCGCGUUACGGGCAGACCACACCCGGACCCGCGUUACGGGCAGUCCCCGCGUUACGGGCAGUCCCCGCGUUACGGACAGUCCGGACCACACCCAGACCCGCGUUACGGGCAGUCCCCGCGUUACGGACAGUCUGGACCACACCCCACGUUACGGGCAGUCCCCGCGUUACGGACCGUCGGGGCCGCGUCAGUCCCCGCGUUACGGGCAGCCCGGACCGCGUCAGUCCCCGCGUUACGGGCAGCCCGGACCGCGUCAGUCCCCGCGUUACGGGCAGCCCGGACCGCAGGGGAGCCGGCGGCUCGGUGCAGGGGCUCAUCGGCAGCUCCAGCGCCGCCGGAUCCCCGCCGCCGCCUCCCGCAACCUCCCGCCGGCCCAGCGCACCCACCUUGCCCUCGGCGCCGCCUGUUGCUCGCAAGAAGCAGCGGGCCAGCAGCGCCCCGGCCGCCGGUGGAGAUAGUGGUGGUGGUUCCAGUGCCGCCGCCCUCCCCGGGCCCGGGCCGUCGCUGUCAACCGGCCGCCGACACCGACACCGACACCGACACCUUCCCGCCGCCUCCCACGGCCCUCGAGCUGUCCGGCGCCUUGGCGCCCGCGUCCGCGCCCUGCUGCACAUGCGCGGUCACGGCAGCGAGGGUCGGGCGCGCGGACGCCGGCACCCGCUCCCCGCAGGGCGCAUGCGCGUCAACGGACGCCGCCGGCACGUGCGCGGCGACUGACGGCGCAGGCGCGUCGGGCCCCGUUGCCGUGGCGACGGUGACGCGCCGACUGAUGACGCGACUGGAGCCGGCGGCCCUGCUGCCCAGUAGACUCGGCCCCAGCUCCGGCCCCCAGACCCAGUCCCAGACCCGGACCCAGACACGGACCCGCCCGGCCGGGGCUGCCGAGCCUCAGCUCCGCUCCAAGGCCCCGGGCCCGCUCCACCACUGGCAGCCCUACAAAAUCAUCAACCUGCGCUACGCCGGAGACUGCGGCCGCUCGGCGGACCCCGCCACUCCGCCCUGCCCGCCCACUGUGGCCUCCCCUCCUCCUCCUCCCCCAGACCGCAGGGGAGGGGACGCGGAGGCCGUGCCAGCGAUCACCCAACUCCACCCAACCACCCAACUCCACCCAACAACCAAACCCAACCAUCAACCAACUCCAUCCAACCAUCACCCAACUCCAUCCAACCAUCACCCAACUCCACCCAACCAUCACCCAACUCCACCCAACCAUCACCCAACUCCACCCAACCAUCACCCAACCUCCACCCAACCAUCACCCAGCUCCAUCCAACCAUCAGCCAACUCCACCCAACCAUCAACCAACUCCACCCAACCAUCACCCAACUCCAUCCAACCAUCACACAACCUAACCCAACCAUCACUCAACUCAACCCAAUCGUCAGUUGACUCAAGCCAAUCGUACCUCAACUCAACCCAUUUAUCCAUCAACCCAAGCCAUUCCCCCCUCAGCCCAACACAACUACCCGUUAACCCCACACAUCCACCCAUUAACCUAGCCCAUUCACCCGUUAACCCAGCCCAUCCACCUCUCAAUCCAGCACAUCCCCCCGUGAACUCACCCCAUUCAUCCAUCAAUCCAGCCCAUUUUCCCACCAGACCAACACAACCAGCUGUUAACCCAACACAGGCAUCUGUCAACUCAUCACAAUUAACUGUCAACCCAAGACAACCAUUUGUCAAGUCAGCGCAACUAACCGUCAAUCCACCCGUUAACUCAACACAACCACCCGCUAACCCACCACAACCACCCGUCAACCCAUCCCAACCUAAUGUCAGCCCGACCCACCCACCCAUCAAUCCGACACAACCACAAUUGUCUGUCAACUCUAGCCAAUCUUCUCUCAAUUCAAGGCCACUGCCCGCCAACUCGACCCAGCCAUAUGUCCAGUUCACCCAUCUAUCCAUUGGCUCAACCCCACCCUCUGUCAGCUCCGCCCAGCUAUCCGACGACUCGCCUCAUCAAUCUGUCAACUCAGCAAGUGCAUCCGUGAGCUCUGCCCACCCUGCUGUCAACCCGAUCCAAGGAUCUGACAACCUCACCCACCAAUCUGAGAACCUAACCCGCCAGCCCCUCAACUCGACCCACUCGAUAGUCAGCAGCCCUUCGAUCGUCAAGGAAGUGUCUCCAAUGAAGCUUGUAUCUCAAGCGCAUUCAUCGGGUAGGAAGCCCGCCAGUCCUCCUCAACUGAGGUCGUCAUUUCAAGCAACCAGAUUCCCACCUCCCUUACCUACUGGCAGUGAGAAAAGAUUCGCCAGCCCACCUUUGCCGCCUAAAACCCUAUUCCGACCUAUUGGCUAUACAACACCCUCCCCUUCUGCUGGGAGGAGGUGUCCAGAAGCAGCCCGGGAAGCCAAGCUCUUGCCUCACGUUCACACCAACAGACAUCCAAGCCCACCAAGAGGUAGUAAGCAGCAGACUCCGCCGGCAAGCCCGACAAGAUCCUGUCCACUCACGGUAAAGAAGCUGCCUAGUCCUCCGACCCAUCGGAAGCUUCCAAGUCCACCGACACAGCAGAAGCAGACCAGCCCGUUCCUGCACCGUAAACUGCCAACCCCACCCACCAGCUCCAGGCAAUCAAGCUCAGCAUCAUGUGCCAGCAACUCUUCUCCGCCCAUCUCACCGGUAUUGUUCCGGAAAGGGUCCAAUGACCAGUCUGAGGAUGACUUGGACUCUCGGAGGUCUGGGAGAAAUGGGUCCAAUGCUUCAUCCAUAUUCUGUCAAUUGUCGAACUCAAUUUUCGAGGCUAAGCCACCUUCUUUGAACAGUUUUGGCACAACAGACACAAGUGGCCAAUUGCCAAACGUCCUUCCGGGAGAUGGUAGCCCGAUGAUGUCCAGAGCAGCGUGGAGGAACAAUUUCAUGCUCAAAAAGCCAGGAGAUCGGCAGAGAAGGUUGACCCUGAGUGGUGUCCACCCCCAGCCUUUUGUUAAGAGGAAUUAUCUAUUCGAUAGUAAACCUGGGACCCAGAAUAGACGGUGUGUAUCAACUACUGCUGGAAGUGAACCGGCACUCCACAGCAUUGGUUUAGAUGGAAGUCCUGAGAGUGACGGCGAUCCGUGGACGGGAUAUUACCUUUCCGAUCUGAGAAGCCCCAACCGGUCGGUCUCCCACCCAGAACUCUGCGUCGUUGGCCAGAGGCUCCAGUGAGACAAACAGAGUGAAGAAUACAGAUGCUGCUAAACCGUGUGGGGUUUCCAAUGCGCCUCGCCCACGACCAACCCAGGAUUAUCUGGUCGUCUUGUGGCACAACAAACUAAUCCGCUCUGUUCUUCUUCGUUUAAUGAGGUUGACCUACUUAAAAUCUUGCGCUGAGCUUUUUGGAACAAUAUUCAUUUUAUUUAUUUUUCUAAUUUCUAAUGGCGUGAUUUCAGGGCAUUGUCCUCCACCUCUGGGGAGAUUGUAUUGGGAUAGAUGCAAGGCCGAAUCUAGUCUAGGGAUUGAAAUCUCAUGAAGCCACUUUUAUUAGAAUCAAAGCAGACACAAAAUGCUGGAGUAACUCAGCGGGUCAGGCAGCAACUUAUAGAGACAUAGUGUAAUACAGUGUAAUACUUCUUCGGCCCAACUUGCCAACAAUGUCCCAGCUACACUAGUCCCACCUGCCUGCGUUUGGUCCAUAUCCCUCCAAACCUGUCCUAUCUAUGUACCUGUCAAACUGUUUCUUAAAUGUUGGGAUAGUCCCAGCCUUAACUACCUCCUCUGGCAGCUUGUUCCAUACACCCACCACCCUUUGAGUUAAAAAGUUACCGUUCAGAUUCCUGUUAAAUCUUUUCUCCUUCAUCUUUAAGCCUCUGUCCUCUGAUCCUCGACUCACCUACUUUUGGCAAAAGACUGCAUUUACCAGAUCUAUUCCUCUCAUGAUUUUAUACACCUCUGUUAGAUCCCCCCCUCAUCCUCCCAGCCUACUCAACCUCUCCCUAUAGCCCACACCCUCUAGUCAUGGCAACAACCUCGUAAAUCUUCUCUGCACCCUUUCCAGCUUGACAACAUCUUUCCUAUAACAUGAUGCCCAGAACUGAACACUAUACUCUAACUGCAGCCUCACCAUCUUAAACCACUGCAACAUGACCUCCCAACUUCUAUACUAAUUUCUGAAGCAAAGCAUUAGGUGAUGUAUCAGGGGUCGAGACCCUUGUUCGAAUGAGAGUCACGGGAAAGGGAAACUAGAGAUAUAGAUGGUAUCUAGAAAUGGAAGAUAUGGACUCCAAUUCUGAAAGAUUACGAACGUUUGAACUGUUUCAGCUCUGUCACUUAAAGGAUAAGUAAGCAGAUGAAACAUUUUAGUAAGUGCAGUAAGUUUAGUCUUCAUUUGUGUCAGGGGUUAUGGGGUAAGGGAGGAGAAUAGGGUUGAGAGGGAAAGAUAGAUUAGCCAUGAUUAAAAGGCAAAGUUGGCUUGAUGGGCCGAAUGGCCUAAUUCUGCUCCUUGAACUUGUGAACCUAUUUAAAAGAUAUUUAAACAUUGGUCUAAGAUUUAGCCGGACUGGGGUGAGCAAGCUGCAAAUAUUCAGCUUGGGGAGGAUUAAGCAAAUCGUGCUGGAAAGGAUGUAUAGUCAACUGAUGGUAAGGUAGGAGAGGGAUACUGAUAAUGGGAUCAGCAGAUCAAAUUUAUUUUCAGUACGUCCAACUCGUUCCAUACAUUUUGUUGUACUAUUGUUAGUUAAGUGAUGAGGGAGAUUGACCACAAAUAAAAACAGAGAAUGCCAGGAAUAUUCAGCAAUCAGGCCACAACAAAGAUAACCCUUCAACCAAAUUGGAAAAGUAAGAAAACCAGAUCGCAGAGUUAACUGGUUGUUUGGAGACUUGGUGGCCUUCAAGUGUCUCUAGUGCAGGAAAGGAAAAGAUUCUUCAGUACUGUCUGAUUUCAUUUGAAAGGUCAAGGAAUAUAUACAGGUUCAACACUGAUUUUCCAACAACUGGUGGUCCUGUACCUCUUUUAAUCCGGUCAAAAUUACCAGAGUGCAUUUGAAAUCCCCCUCAGAAGUCCCUCUGAAAAUUUGGCACCAAGUGAGUGGUCUAAUUAAACACAGAGACAAAAAAUGCUGGAGUAACUCAGCAGGACAGGCAGCAUCUCUGGAGAGAAGGAAUGGGUGACGUUUCGGGUCGAGACUCUUCUCAGACUGAGUCAGGGGAGAGGGAGACAGAGAUAUGGAAGGGUCAGGUGUGAAAACGAGAUAUCAAAGGGGAUGAAGUUCAAGGAAAAUGUAGAUUAGAUCUUUGUUAUCUUGGGGAAGGUGAAAACGAAGCAUACAAAGGUAAAAUUUAAUCAGGAGGGCAGUCAGACUGGUUGGAGAACUAGGAUGAGGAGGGAUGGAGAGAGAGGGAAAGCAAGUUGAAGUUAGAGAAGUCAAUAUUCACAUCACUGGGAUUGUAAGCUGCCCAAACGAAAUAUGAGGUGCUGUUUCUGCAAUUUGCGCUGGGCCUCACUCUGACAAUGGAGAAGGCCCAGGACAGAAAGGUCAGUGUGGGAAUGGGAGGGGGUGUUAAAGUGUUUAGCAACAUUUAGGGAGAUCAGGUAGGUUUAGGCAGACUGAGCGGAGGUAUUCAGUGUAAGACAAUUAAACUGCAUUUUACAGACGGAAAGAGUGUGGAAUUCAACCAAAUGAGAACAAGUGAAAUUUAGUUCAGAGAUACAAACUGGAAACAGCCCCCUCAGCCCACGGCGACUAUCACACUAGUUCUAUGUUAUGCCACUCUCACAUCCCCACACCAAGGGUAAUUUACAGAGGGCCAAUUAAUCUACAAACCCCACAUCAGUGUGUGUGUGAGGAAACCGGAGCACCCUGAGGAAACUUAAACAGUCGCAUGGAGAACGUGCAAACCCCACACAGACAUCACAUUAGGUCGGGAGCAAACCCGGGUCUCGGCACUGCGAGGCAGCAGCUCCACCAGCUGCGCCACAGUGCAGCUAAGUAUCGCAUUGUAUUGAAUUUGCUCUUAAUUGUUAACAAAUCAUGCAGAUAUGUGGAGAAGUAGGGUUUAAUGUAUGAAAUGUGCAUACGUAUUGUUGGGUUAAAAAUUGUGGACACGUGUUGUAGGGUUUAAAAUGUCAAAAUGUAUUUUGAGGUUAAACAAAUGGAAAUGUGGAAAUGUAGAAACAUAGAAAAUAGGUGCAGCAGAAGGCCAUUCGGCCCUUUGAGCCAGCACCUCUUAGUGGUUAAAAAAAGUGGAUAUUUGAAAAUAAAAUCCUGUUUCAAUUGAUGCUAAAAUAACUGGUUAGAUACAGAAGAGUGGAAAUGGAAUUAGAGUUAAGUAUAGAAUGUUACACGAACACAAGGAAUAAAUUAUGUUGAUUUGCA